CGGCGCUGUCUUUGGGGGACGCGGAGUGCUAGAUCAGGAGGGAUUUUCUCCUCGGGCUGCGGGAACCGUAGAGAGGAUGUGACGAGGGUGGUCUUGGAAGGCGGUAGCUGGAGAGUUGGUGGUUCCGGAACCUCGCGUAGACCAGGAAAGUGGAGAGCCUCAAAAAUCUAUUGUUAGAGAGUGGUACACCAGCUUGCAGUCCCAUCAACAGUGUAGGAGGAAUCCCCUUUCUCCACAUCCUGACCAACAUCUUUCAUUCCCUGAGUGGCUAAUUUUAGUCAUUCUGACAGCGCUGGAAAAUAUUUAAAUCUCAACAAAUGAAUUCCACACUUGAAUUCUGCCGCAUUCCUGUGCCACCUCCUCCUUUAGAAAACUGAUCUUAGAACAGAGAAAUAAAAGAGGAAUAGAGGGUAGAAGAUGCUGGGAUCUGAACGUGGUGUUGUGGAAGAAUGGUUAUCAGAAUUCAAGGCAUUACCUGACACUCAGAUCACCAAUUAUGCAGCAACUUUACACCGGAAAAAAACACUGGUACCAGCCCUCUAUAAAGUUAUUCAAGAUUCAAAUAAUGAGCUUCUGGAGCCUGUCUGCCACCAGCUGUUUGAGCUCUAUCGUAGCUCUGAAGUUCGACUUAAGAGGUUCACACUGCAAUUCUUGCCAGAAUUGAUGUGGGUUUAUUUACGGCUCACGGUUAGCCGAGACAGACAGAGUAAUGGUUGCAUUGAAGCACUUCUGUUAGGAAUUUAUAAUUUGGAAAUUGCUGAUAAAGAUGGAAACAAUAAAGUUCUAUCUUUUACUAUCCCUUCUUUAUCCAAGCCUUCAAUAUACCAUGAGCCCUCAACAAUUGGAUCCAUGGCUUUGACAGAAGGGGCUUUGUGUCAGCAUGAUCUCAUCAGGGUUGUUUAUAGUGAUCUUCAUCCUCAAAGGGAAACAUUCACUGCACAAAACCGGUUUGAAGUCUUGAGUUUCCUCAUGUUGUGUUACAAUUCUGCUAUUGUGUAUAUGCCUGCUUCAUCUUACCAGUCUCUUUGUCGGAUGGGCUCCAGGGUUUGUGUGAGUGGGUUUCCACGGCAACACGAAAAGCACUGGAAAGAACUCUGUGGUCGAAUAGUAUUGGAUCCUGAAUUCAUGGUGCAACUUCUCACAGGGGUUUAUUAUGCCAUGUAUAAUGGGCAGUGGGACCUUGGCCAAGAAGUCCUUGAUGACAUCAUUUAUAGAGCUCAGCUAGAACUCUUUUCUCAACCACUGUUGGUUGCCAAUGCCAUGAAGAACUCAUUACCAUUUGAUGCUCCUGAUUCUUCACAAGAAGGCCAGAAGGUACUUAAAGUGGAAGUCACUCCAACAGUGCCGAGGAUUUCUCGGACUGCGAUUACGACAGCUUCAAUCCGUCGUCAUAGAUGGAGGAGAGAAGAUGGCUUUGACUUCUCAAACGAGGCUGACUCGAGUAUUCCUGGCUCCCCGAUCCAACACGGCUCCACUGACCUAGGGAUCAAACGUGUUCAAGAGGGGGAGGUGCUGGUGCGCAGGACCCCUGAGCACGGCUCACCGGAGCCCAACUCAGCAGCAGCCACAACAGAGGGUGCUGAGGGUGUAAAUGGAGAAGAGUCGGUAAACCUAAAUGAUGCAGAUGAAGGAUUUUCAUCAGGGGCUUCCCUCAGCAGUCAGCCAUUUGGGACCAAACCAUCCUCCUCUUCUCAGAGGGGAAGCUUAAGGAAAGUAGCAACGGGGCGUUCAGCUAAGGAUAAAGAAACAGCUUCUGUCAUCAAAUCCAGUGAGAGCCCUCGAGAUGCAGUCACUCGCAGGCAGUAUGUACAGCAACCAACUGAUCUUAGUGUAGAUUCAAUCGAGCUGACACCGAUGAAGAAACACCUGAGCUUGCCUGCUGGCCAGGUGGUGCCAAAAACCAAUAGUAUAAGUCUAAUCCGGACAGCCAGUGCUUCCUCAAGCAAAUCAUUUGACUAUGUAAAUGGCAGUCAAGCAAGUACCAGCAUUGGGGUUGGCACUGAGGGAGUUACUAAUUUAGCAGCUAACAAGGUUAAUCGAUACUCAACUAUCAGUCUACAGGAAGACCGGCUAGGUCAAGCUGGAGAAGGUAAAGAGCUCCUCAGCCCAGGAGCCCCCUUAACCAAGCAGUCUCGAUCCCCAAGUUUCAAUAUGCAGCUAAUAUCCCAGGUGUAGUUCUGACCUCCUCUCUCAUCUUUCUGCUUACCCUUUAAACUGAACAUUUCAUUGUAUAAGAAGACACUUCAUCCCACAUUGUGAAAAUAUUGGUCAUCGUGAUCAGAUCUGAUUUAGUUUAGGUAUCUUCAUACUGUAUUUUGUAUGGAAACAGCAAUAAGGUUUUCUUUUUCCUCCUUCCUAUAUCUUCUCUUCACCUUAUUCCUUGUAAAUGCGUUUGUGAAGCAGUAUAAAAUGUAUGCAUUUUCCAUGCCUUCCUUUCUUCUUGGGUGAUGUGCAAUCCAUCGUAGGCUGAUCGGUCCCAUUUCAACACUGUGAGACUGAGGAUAUGUUAGAGGAAAUGGUGUAUAUGAUCCCUAUGAAAUGAUUCUUUGACUUUCGUUUAAAAAAAAAAAAAACGGGUUUGUUCUCAUAAUCUAUAGAAUUAUGGAGAUUACUGGAUCAUAUUUUUUUCUCUUUUAACCAGGAGUGCCUCAGAGAUUCUGCUAUGACUUUGGACUUCUCUGAGUCUGUGCAAUCAUUUUCUUGAGAAGCAUGGGGAAAGGUGGUAGACUGCUGCACUUUUUCAUUAAAAUGUGGGUGGUUCUUUUUCCCCCCCAUCUCCUUUAUUUCGAGGACACAAAUGUUCAGUUACUGAGGCAUUUAAAUCAAGUUGUAGCCCCCUCCUUUGGAGGACAGGGCUCAAAGUUGUUUGUGUAAUUGAUAAUGCACUUUCUCAAUGGCUCUACAGUCAUUAUUAACAUGUCUUCCCUCCUCCCCUCAAGGACAUAGGUCAUUUCUGUCCUUAAAGUUUGAACAACUAACAAAUCAGAGAAUCCAAGGGGCAUGUUCUAUUUCCCAGGAAUGAUUGACACUUUGGUGCUGGGGUUUUGUGGCAGGGGGGAGGGGGUGGUUUUUGUUUAGCUUGUGUGGGACUGUGUGUGUGAGGGGAAGUUUUGAUAGGUUUUUUUUCUUUUCAUUUGUGAGCUGAUGAUGACUGAAGUAGUACAAGUACGUCUUCAGGUAAAGAGAGGGAUUUCUCAACCCACUUUCUGUGAUGUCAGACUAUUGGAGAAACCCUUUCAGCUGCUUUCUAGAUGUACCUAAAUUCAGUCAGAUAUUUUGGAUUAAGAAACCUGAAGUCCUGAUAGAUCAUAUACUCCAAGGAAACACAUCAGGGACAGAUAAUUGGCUGAAAACACUGAUGCUUCAACGUGACACAAUUUUUUAGAACAUUUCUACCAGGGGGUACUGACUUGAUUUCUCCUACAAGGACCACACUGCCUUUGUGUUUAAUGUAAUGCAAUUUGUGUACCUUCUAAUCAUAUAUCUGCAGAAGUUUCUCAUUUUUAUAAAACUUUGAAAUCAUGCCAGUAAGCUAGAUGUUGAAUGUAUGUAAGUAGCAUUUGGUAACUGUGCUAAGAGACUACAAAAAUGCAUUACUAGUAAAAAAAAAUUUUUUUUUAGUUCUGAUUUGGUUAGGUAAGAUUUCAUUAUAAGUUCUUUUGGGUCUCAGGCUCUAAUGCUUGAUUGAAAAAAAGAAAAUAUAUCGGUUUUUGAAAAUCAUUUUAUGACUUGAACUGCUAUACGUUAUCCUUCCACAAAAUAGAUCAGAGGUGUUAGCGCUUUGUACAUUUAGACAUUUUUAUUUUAUUAUUGUGAAAGAAAAAUAUACUGAAUUUAUAGAAAGCAAGUAUUCUCCUAAUUAACAAAGUUUAAAAUAUUAUCUCUAUCAAUUAAAAUUACAAUAGAUUUUGAUAAAUAAAAUAACCAGAAAAAUGCCUCCUGUUUUUUUCCACAUUGAGAACCUCCCCUCUCCUCCUCUUAUUUUAUUGUAAGAGGGUUUGUUUUGUUUUGUUUUGUUUUGGAGGGGAUUUUCAGUAGAAUCUUUUUAAGAACAAUGAGAUGCUUAUUUGAAUUUGGUGGUCUGUAACACUUUUCAGCUCUUAGAAAAUGGAAAACUAGAACCUGAGCUAGUACAACUAGUACUACUGCUACAACAUUGCCAAAGUCUUGGAUAAAGUAAAAAGUUUAUAAACAGAAAUGUAUUGGAGUGUGUGUGUGUGUGCGUGCGCGCGUGCGCGUGUGUGUGUGCAUGGGCAUGCGCACACACGCGUGUGCAGGGUGUGUAUAUGUAUAUAUCACAAAAACAUAUAUUAGAUGUCCCUUUUAAUUUAAGGGAUGUCAGAUAAAUGAGUUUGAAAGCAGCCAAAAUAAGUGAGGUCUGGAGAUCUCUAACAUAGUGAGAAAAGGAAAGUUUCAGGUAGGAAAAGAAAAGAGCAUUGUUCUUACCAAGGGGUAAGAGCUUGGCCAUGGCUGGAGGUCAUUCAUUUUAUGGCAGAAAUGCCUGGUUCAUUUAGGAGGCUGGCAGGUUGUUUUGAAUUCAAGUUGUGCGUUUAUUGGCAUCUAAAUCUAACAUGAUUUAGUUAAAGCACACCCAAAAACCACCUAAAAUAGUACCAAAUUCAGCAAAAGCUGUAAUAAAUAAAAUCUCUCUUGUUUUGUUAAAAAUCUUAAACUUGAAAAGUUGGUUUUGGAGAACUUUCAACUUAGAGGAUAUCAUUUAUCUGUGUAUGUACAUACAUAUUUUGUAUGUAUGCAUAUCCAUUAAUGUUUCAUAACCCUGUAACAUUUUGUUCUUUUAAGUUAUGUGAUUUGGCCUUACUGAAGUAACAUUUCAUUUAGCUCAAACUGUGCAUUCAGGGUCUUAGAACAGGUUUCCUAUAUAAGAUAUGUUAAAAUUUAGUUCAGAAUCAUAAGUCAAAUUUUUAAAGAAUUUUUUAAUAUUCAUUUGCAUUAUUUAUUAUUAUUCAAAAUAGUUUUCAGAUCUAUAACAGCUAUUACAAAUAUAUAUCAGCAAUAUUCAUACUUUAUUCUGUAACAACCUGUUCUAUACCUAUAAGAAAAGGUCUUUCCCUCUAUGGAAAAGCUUAUUACAGAGAAAAUACUUGUUUUCUAUAAUAAAUCAAUUUGAUUGAUGCCAUCUAUGCCAGGUUGAAUUAAUAAAUACAAAGAAAUACCUGAAGCUUUUGGUAACUCUUCUCUAUUACAUUAAUUUUAAAUUAUGUUACUAGAAAUCAACCUAAAGGGUAAAGUGUACAAAGCUAACCUAAAAGUAAGAUUUUUAAAUAUAAAAAUAUUUUAAGAAGCUGAAGGGGGAAGUGGUUAUAAUUUAAAACCCUUACCCUUGCCCCCACUCUUACUCUCCCAAUUACUCUUCUGUGCCUGUUUAUUAUAGAGUCAGAAUUUUUGUGCUAGAUGAGACCCUAUAAAUAAUCUAGCUAGUCGCCCAGUGCUCCCUCCCCAAAUAGCUGUCCUCAGGAAACUGAGGCUCAAAAUGUUGUGACAUGAUCAAAAUCACAUAACUAAGAAGCAGAGCCAGAAUAGAACUCCCGUCUCCCGUCAAAUGCAUAUUAACACCCCACUGCCUCCCUGUACUCGUACUAUGGUACAUGUGGUAUGUAACACUCUCCAUUUCUGCAGUUUCUUUACAAUUCUGGUCUAGUAGUUGGUGAAUACAGCACAUUAAGAAAAGUACUUAAUCCAGAAAAAAUGUAGAGUAAUGAACAGAUGGGGAAGUGUUAGAAAUGUAGGUAUCUAUACCACAGAUGUAAGGAUAGAUACAUUUUUCUUAUUCUAAUUUAUGCCUUACUAUUUUCUGCCACAUAACAGUUGUAUGCUGCCAUUUUGUAGUUGAUUAUAUUUCUGGGGAUUUACUUAAAUGCGAAAAUAAACCCAAAGAAAUGGCUUUGAUCAGUGUUUCUAGUUAUUUUAAAAGUAAUUGAGUCAGCCAGCUUUCACAGUCACCUGGGUAGCAAGUUAAUUGUGUUGCACAGUGGAGUAUUGCAAAGUAAAGAUUAAAUAAAUUUUACUCCAUUAAUUUCUAAUGUUGAAAAAAUUGAACAUUACUUGUUCUUUAGAAUAGAUAGAUACAAGCAAUAUUUCCUUAUGUGGUUGAUAAAGGUUUAUAGUGUGAAGCUUAUGAUUCCAAAAUGGAAUGCUGACCAUUAUGUCAUUUAAAGUGUAUAUACCAUAUAAAAUGUCUUAAAUGGGGUAGUCUCAGCUAUAUAAGCUCAAUAUUUCCGAUGUAUAUUCUCAAAUUCCACUUAAUAGCUUUAAAUUAAUUGUAACUAUUUAUUAGACACUGGAAUACUGAAAAUAACUUUCAGAUUUUUUUUGCACUAUUUUUGUGACUAUUUUAAUUAAGUGAGGUGUUUUCUGCUACCUCACUUUGUGAGUUUCGUGUGGGUCCAUUUUUGAGUACUUCAGUUGACAAUCAGUUGUCUCAUUUAAUUCUCUGCAUGUUCAUUUGUAAAUUUAAAAAAUUAGUAUCUGUCAUUAGGUGUAGUUAUACUAUUUAUAUAAACACUGGCAAGGAGGAGCUCUCCAUUUCUGAUCUUGGAUUACAAAGUUUUUAUUUUAAUCAGUAUUCCAGUUAUAUAUUUGUUUUUCAGGUUAAAAAUGUUUAAUAGGUCAUACCAGUGGUCAGAACAUCUGUAAGAAUUUUAGAGCAACUUUUCUAUAAUAUGGCUGUGUUAAAGUCUGAAUAUGAAACUUUCUAUCUUUCAAGUUGAAUGAUUAUUGUCAUGUUUUAAACCACUAAGUUGGUUGAGACACUUAUUUCUAAUGCUUUAAUUUUUUUUAAAGUGCUUUCUAGAAACAAGUUAUUUGAAAACCUACUAGAAGUUACUGAUAACUUAAACUCUCAAAAAUUAGAAUAUUUGCCAGAUUAUAAGAUGGGAUGCAGUGUAAAAUUGUUGACAGUGCUCAUAAAAUCGUGAUUCACCA